UGGCUCGUCUGCCCGGUGUGUCAAGCUGGUGAGCGCGAGCGGCCCAUGGAGACCACCGAGCCCCUGGGAACGAGCACGAGACCACGGCGUCAGGGCCGACAGGAUGGCCGGCGGCAAGAACGAGGAGAACACGGGGUCUGAGACCAGAAGAAGCACAGGCUGAGUGCCCAUAGCAUGGACCCCAAAAAGGCCACAGCCGUGAAGACGGAUCCUGUGAAAAACAUCUUUGUGCGGGUCUGAACCCCAAAACCACUGAGGAGAAGAUAAGGGAGUGCUCUGGCAAGUUUGGGGAGGUGUUUCCCCAGGGUGCGGUUUAUGCUCGCUACCAGCACCAGUGGCUGCUUUUUCCCUUCCUUAUUUUCCUUUCUGGACUUUGUGGGACCUUCCUUCCUGUGAGUUUCCUUUAGGACUUAAGCCAGGGGAAGGCACUGGCCCCUGAACUUUGCUUGUGUUUUCAGAUUGAGAACACUGAGCAUCAGUGGAUUUAAAGUCUAACAAAAGACAAGGUUCUGUUUUCAUCACUUAUAAAGAAGAGCAACCUGUGAGAAAUAUUCUGGAGAAGUUCAGCACCAUCAGUGCAAGCAAGAGCUGAACCUUGCCAAUGGACCUGGUCGGUUUUGGUUACGCAGCCCUCGUGACAUUUGGAAGCAUUUUGGGAUAUAAGCGGAGAGGUGGUGUUCCAUCUUUGAUUGCUGGUCUUUUUGUAGGAUUUUUGGCUGGCUAUGGAGCUUACCGUGUCUCCAAUGACAAACGAGACGUAAAAGUGUCACUGUUUACAGCUUUCUUCCUGGCCACCAUAAUGGGUGUGAGAUUUAAGAGGUCCAAGAAAAUAAUGCCUGCUGGGCUGGUUGCAGGUUUAAGCCUCCUGAUGAUCCUGCGACUUGUCUUACUGCUGCUCUGAGAUCCAGAGGAACUGAAAGCAAAGUUAUGUCUUCCUACUGUAACGGGCAGGGCAUAUUCUUUGUAUUUAAAAGAUGAAUUUCAAUAUGGAAUGUUAAGUGUCUUAUUUUAUGUUAGAAACAAAAGUAACACUGUCACUUCUAAUAUAAACACAAGUUUAAAGUGUUUUUUUUUUUUAAAAAAAAAAACCAAAAACUUAAACUGUUUUCUAAUUGUCAAGCAUUAUUUUCAUUUAAGAUGUUUAAU